AUGGCCGAACCCACUAACGACGUCUCCGCGGAGAUUACGGAGCUCCCUGCAACCAAAGAGAAGCUCGACGAGCUUACUCAAGCCGCCUCCCUCCAAUACUCGCUGAAGAACUUCUCCGCCGCAGCUGAUCACUAUGCCGACGCCGCUGAAAUUCAGUCCAAACUCAAUGGAGAAAUGGCACCCGAGAACGCGGAGCUCCUCUUCAAUUAUGGCCGUGCGCUGUACAAAGUCGCAAUCGCGAAGAGCGAUGUGUUAGGCACCAAGGUCGCACAGGAAGAGAAGAAGAAGCCCAAGACGAAGAAGGUGAAAAAAGAGGAGACGAUACCUGAAGAAGGCAGCGCAGCAACGAAUGGCUCAUCGGCAGCGGCAGGGAAGGAGCAGACCGCAGAGUCGAAGCCGUUUUUCCAGCUGACUGGUAUGGAGAAUUGGGAUGACUCGGACGAGGAGGGGGACGACGACGAGGAAGGCGAAGGUCAAGAAGAAGAGCAAGACGACUUCGGUGACUCGUUCGAGAUGUUCGAGAUUGCGCGCGUGCUGUACCACAAGCAGCUAGAAACGCACGAGGGAAGUGACAGCGCAGACAAGGGCAAGGGCAAAGCCGAGCUGACGCCAGAGGCGCGCGCAAUCAAGGAAAAACUCGCAGAUAUCUAUGGUUUCCUAGUCGAUCUUUCCUUCGAGAACGAGCGCUUCCACGACGCGAUACCGGAUGCACGUACAUCACUGGCGCUGCUGGAGGACCUGUAUAAUUUCGGCCAUGAAAAGGUCACCUCAGCUCACUAUACGCUAUCAUUGGCUCUAGAGUUUGCCUCAAUGGCGAAGAUUCGCGAGCAGCAGGCGAACAAGGAAGUAGCCCCCGAAGACGCCAAGAAACAAGAGGAAGAUGUCGUUGAUUGGGAUCUGAGAAACGAAGCAAGCAAGCACACCGAGCUAGCCAUAAACAAUCAAGAAGCGCACCUGAAGAAAGCAGAGGAGUCUCUGUCUUCAGGAAGUUUUGCACCCGAGCAGAAGAAGGAGCUAGAAGCUGAAUUGGCGGAUAAGAAGAGCAUGUUGGAAGACCUGAAGACAAGGCUCGUGGAUCUCAAGGAAGACCCCACAAAGCAGAAAUUCGACGCCGUCGAUCCUACGGUCUUUCAAGGCUUGCUCGGCGGGCUUCUAGGUGCAGACCCAGCAACGCAAAAGGCUGCUCUUGCCGAGGCCACAAAGUCGGCGAAUGACAUCUCUGGGCUCGUCAAGACGAGGAAAAAGGAAAAGCCUGCACCUGCAGCAUCUUCGUCCUCGGCAGGCGCCGCGUCGAGCAGUAAGCGGAAGCUGAAGGAUGAAGACGAUGAGGCGAAUGGGAAGAGGGCGAAAACUGAAGAGAUCCAGUGA